GAUUACUUUCCUAAAUAAGGUUAAUUCAACCUGGCUACUAAGUAGAACGCGCCCGAUAUGCAAUGCCGCUAUUCAUGCGACAAUUGAGUGGCGCCCCACCUUGUUGCCAUUGAGCUCAACUCAUGCCUGUUUGAACAACGGAGGCAAUUGUUUCCGUGACUUGUGUUUCUACAUUUCCUGAGACUUUACCAAAUAUCUUUUCAGACCGUCUCCCUUUAUCUACCGUAUGAGGUCAACAUCACCUUGCUCUUUGGUUGCUUUCCCAUUUGGGCGAUUUUGAACCUUGACCACUUCCUAAUCACGAAAUGUCUCAAACUCUGGAGAAAAAGGGACGUGGGAGGCCCCGCGGCAUUCGCCACGAUCGGGAUUGCGCGACCUGCAAGGCCCGCGGCGUCAAAUGCGACUUGAACCGGCCGAGCUGCGGACAGUGUAUCAGCCAUGAUGUGCCCUGCGAGGGCUACAAGCAACGAGUUGUUUGGAGGGCAUCUCAUUCCACGAACGUGCCGCCUCCCAAGGUUCCAGACCACCGGCCUUUGACCGCCAGCCCAAUUUUGAUCGAUAAUCAACCUUGCGCGACGGCAUCUAUGCGGAAUAUACCCUCGAAAUAUAAGCAAGUUGAAGUCGAUGAUUCGAACUGGACCACUCAUUAUUUCAAGUAUCUUAAUCACUUUCGUCAGAAGAUGGAUCAUAUUCAGACCGACGCCCAGCAACAAGGCAAUGCCAGAACCCACGAUUCUCUGUCCAGCAUAUGGUAUUUUGCAUGGAAGCGAAUGACACAGACCAUUCCCGUGGACGAUGAGUCGCAUGUGGAAUAUGCCUUGUGUCAUACUGCUGCUGUAGAGGCACUCCUUCAAUCUGUGGACCAAGAGGGGAUCAAAGCCAUCUUCGGGAUCGCCACCUUUGCCUUCAUCGACGUCUACAAGGAACCCUUCGCAGCCUGGUCGCGGCAUCUGAGAGGAGCUAGGGCGGUUCUCGACCUGCAUAGCCCGGCACCUGAACGUUUUGCAGAGCUCUGCUCUGAAAUUAAUGGUCUUCAGGAGGUUGUAUCUCUUCUUUGCUGGUACGAUAUUACCGGGUUGAUGAUUAGGCGAGAUCGAGGACUAAUAUUUGAGGAUUGGCAUCGAGAUUUUAUGGAAGAUAAUCUGUUUGAGCUUGUGGGCUGUCCAAAAGACGUAUUUCAAAUAUUCACACCAAUCGUGAAGGAGGGCUUCGAAUGCGAAUCGAGGCACCCUGACCUGUACGUUGCUGCAACGAAACAGCUGCUCAAGACAUCACGUGGUAGUCACGAUCACGGAGACCUUCUGCGGGACGCUUGGAGAUACUCCACGGUAAUGGCAAUCUAUGAAGCGGAGUUCAGUGUGAAAAAGACCAGCUUUGAAGCUAUCAUGCAUGAACUGGCAGACCGGAUCUGCGACAUCCUACAGGCUAUACCGGCGAAAUCGGCGAAGUAUCGUCAUUUGCCAUUUGCUGCUUUCAUAGUUGGCCGUCUUUCCCAGUCUUCGCAUCAUUCUAAGAUUGCCCAAAGGUACUGGGAGAUAUGCAAUUCUCUGGAAGAUCCAAUAUACCCCAGCGGCGAGCGUAUGUAUAGGACUGAUCGUUGAGUCUACAUAGCCACUUUAGGUAGCUGUAGGGGUAAGUGGUAUCAGCUUACGGUAUUGAUAGUCUGGCUUGGCGGUUAUCACGCAAGUAAACCGAAUGUCACUUAUCAGAG